GGGAGGGGUAAAGCUGACCUGGGAGUUCCUUUUAGAUCAGAUGAAAAGAAACCAGGAAGUUAGGAGGAAUUAUUACAGUCUGUACAGCUCAGGAUGUUAAAGGCGAUAACCUCCAAGGCCUGGUUAUUCAUUAGCAAGAAGGAAAGCUUGGGAGAGAGCAGGACUCGCUCAGCUGCAGGCUUGAAGCAGGGCAGCCAGGAAGAAGCAACUUCCCACUGGACCUCCAGCUCAGUCCUCUCUUGGUUUUGCCUCAGGGCAGCAGCUACAAACAGAAAGCCAGCUGUGAGUGUCUUGGCCAAGCCCAGAUCUGCCGGAGAGAUCCGAAGCAGGACUUUGUAGCUCUGCUCGGUAUGGUGAGUUUGCAGCUGAUUUGAAAGCUGCCUGGUGGCGGACCGUGGCUCUGUACAGCUUGUGGGGAGAGGAUUAUCCUCCCCUGCUACUGCUAGCUAGAACACCAUGGGCAGCGUCUGUGUGAGGCUCUGGGCAUACCUGCAGCCCUUUCUCCCCUGCUGGUCUCAAGAGGCAGACAAGUCAGUGGUGAUUGAGAAUCCAGGGGCCUACUGUCCCCCAGAGGCUCCCAGGUCACAAGAGCCUGAGAGAAGCCACAGCCAGUAUUUUGUGGCUCUGUUUGAUUACCAAGCACGUACUGCAGAGGACCUGAGUUUCCGUGCUGGCGACAAACUCCAAGUCUUGGACACUUCGCAUGAGGGCUGGUGGUUGGCCAGACAUUUGGAGAAGAAGGGAACCGGCUUAGGUCAGCAGCUGCAGGGCUACAUUCCUUCCAAUUACGUGGCAGAGGACCGGAGUCUCCAGGCAGAGCCGUGGUUUUUUGGAGCAAUCAAAAGAGCAGAUGCAGAAAAACAACUUCUCUAUUCAGAAAACAAGACGGGCGCCUUUCUAAUCAGAGAGAGUGAGAGCCAGAAGGGUGACUUCUCCCUCUCAGUUUUAGAUGAAGGUGUUGUAAAACACUACAGAAUAAGAAGGUUGGAUGAAGGUGGCUUCUUCCUCACCAGGAGGAAAGCCUUUUCAACCCUGAAUGAAUUUGUGAACUACUACACCACAACAAGUGAUGGGCUGUGUGUCAAGCUGGAGAAACCAUGCUUAAAGAUCCAGGUACCAACCCCUUUUGAUUUGUCAUAUAAAACUGUGGACCAGUGGGAGAUAGACCGCAACUCCAUACAGCUUCUGAAGCGACUGGGAUCUGGUCAGUUUGGAGAAGUUUGGGAAGGUCUGUGGAAUAAUACCACUCCAGUGGCUGUAAAAACAUUAAAACCAGGUUCAAUGGAUCCAAAUGACUUCCUGAGGGAGGCACAGAUAAUGAAGAGCCUAAGACACCCAAAGCUCAUCCAGCUCUAUGCUGUUUGCACUUUAGAAGAUCCAAUUUAUAUUAUUACAGAGUUGAUGAGACAUGGAAGUCUGCAAGAAUAUCUCCAAAAUGAUGGUGGGUCAAAAAUCCAUUUGAUUCAACAGGUAGACAUGGCGGCACAGGUGGCUUCCGGAAUGGCCUAUCUUGAGUCCCAGAACUAUAUUCACAGAGAUCUGGCUGCAAGAAAUGUCCUUGUUGGUGAACAUAAUAUCUACAAAGUAGCAGAUUUCGGACUUGCAAGAGUUUUUAAGGUGGAUAAUGAAGACAUCUAUGAAUCUAAACACGAAAUAAAGCUGCCAGUGAAGUGGACUGCACCCGAAGCCAUUCGUACUAAUAAAUUCAGCAUUAAGUCUGAUGUGUGGUCUUUUGGAAUCCUGCUAUAUGAAAUCAUUACUUAUGGCAAAAUGCCUUACAGUGGUAUGACAGGUGCUCAAGUAAUUCAAAUGUUGAGUCAAAACUACAGACUACCACAGCCAUCUAACUGCCCACAGCAAUUCUACAGCAUCAUGCUAGAGUGCUGGAAUGUUGAGCCUAAGCAACGGCCAACAUUUGAGACCCUGCAUUGGAAACUUGAAGACUACUUUGAAACAGACUGUUCCUAUUCAGAUACAAAUAACUUCAUAAACUAAACAUCAAAGAAAAGAAGAAAUAUAAUGAAGAUAUGAAAACGUGGGACUCAUCAGUCCAGAAGUACUAUCUAUUCAACCAACUGUGAAAUCAGCUUAUUUUGACAUAUUCAAGUGGUAGGAUGAACUCAGCCAUGCAUUCCAUAUCAAAAAGAUAAUCUUUGUAUUUUAUUGACUAGGAAACACUGCAGGACAGUAUAAGAUAAUAUGUCAUUUUUCCUCACUGCCUGGUAAAAUCAAUCACACUAAAUGAAGUUAUUUUUUUUUUCCUUUUGAGAACUCCUCACAUUUCUAUUUAUUGUUUGAAUGCCCAUCAAGAGAAUCAACAGAUGACAGUGUUUACUCAGUUACUGUUGUGGCAUUUUCCUGUUUACUAAUUAGACUGGUUAUUCAUUAUUCCUCAAAUUGCUGAAUCCCAUCAGGCUGUUAUUAUGAAGGAAUUUGAUUGCUUUGCUGCACAGCAGGACCUGUGCUUUGAGAUAUUUUUUUCCUCUCUUUUAAAAUAUCCUGUAACUACAAUGAUGGCAAAGCCAUGUUAAACGACUUGAUUGUACUUGAAGUAAUUGCACAUAUUUUUCCUAUGCAUAAGAAAAUGAAGCAGCUGUUGAGAAAAAGAAUUAAAAUCUUUCUCAUUUUGUAGAAGGAAAUGAUGGAGUUUGCUGUAUACCUCAGUAUGUGUCAUUGGAGAAUCAUCUGCAUUAGUUUAAUCUCUUAAUGUCAGGAAUCAGGUUGCAAAGCUGAUGAAUUGUUAUGUAUGGGAAUAUAGGGGAAAUACCACAUUGCCUACCAGGUCUGAGAAAUAGAUAUUAAAGUGGCUUAGAGAAGCUAACAGAGAGCUGGAGGAUUGCUGCAGUUUUCUAAGUAAUAAUACAAAGUUCCUUUGGCAUGCAGGCCUAUUUUAAAUUGGCUUCAAAACAGGCCAAUCAGCACCUGAGGCUAGGAAUAAUGUCUGAAUGUAGUUAUGAACUGUCGUUUUUGUCUGUUAAGUCUGGAUGCUUUCUAGUAUCUUAGUUUUUUUCUAACCUUGAAGAGCGUUCCUGUUUUCUUAGGCAAUGUGUGUAUCAAAUCUUCUGCAUCAUUGGAUGGUUAGCAAGACUUUUCUGAAGUUAGCUCCAUAUAGUCCGGAAUCUUCUAAUGUGCAGCACUGAAUGACCAUUCCAAAAGGAAACUGAGUAUAUCAAGUUUAUUUUCAUCCUUCUUUAAGAGAGAAGGGAAUAUCUAGAUGGUCACAAGGAUCCCCUGCGAAUUAAAAAACAUUCCAAUUCUUUCAAAUGGGAACUAGAAGCAAAGGCAUCAGGGACUAACCAUUAGCCAUUGGGUGAUGUCACUUCCCUAGCUGCAUUUCUGUUACCGUAGUAGAAAUCCUGACAAAAACAAAAGCAAAAACAAAAAUCAAAACAAAAUAACCAACCAAACAAAAAACAACUUAGAAGAGACAAGGUUUAUUUUAGCUUACCAUUCCAGGCCAUUGCAUCACAGCAGGAAGUAACUGUGACAAGAGCAUGAAAAUGAUUUCAUCACAUCCACAGUCUAAGAGGAGAGAGACAUAACUAGAGAGACAUAACUAUAUGCACCCAUGCAUGACUUGCUUGUUUGCUUACUUGUGCUCAGGUCAAUUUUUACACUCUUAAAAAGUUUGGGACACCUUUGCCUUGGAAAUAGCAUGUCACACAAUGGGCUGAAUAAUUAACUUAAUUAAGACAAUUCUGUACCGACAUCCCCAUAGGCAAGUCUGAUAUAAAGAAUCAUUGUCAACUCAUUGUGACUCUCUUUCUUGAUGAUUCUAGGUGCUGACAAAUUGUCAAUUAUAGCUAGUCAUUAGACCACUUAAGACUCAAAUCUUAUCAAAAUUUCCCAUCUACCUCAAGCAUUGUCUGUGUUCCACUGGUCAUAGGUAGCCACCAGUGGUAAAUGAGGCUCCUUGUUCUCUUAUAUUUAAGAAGACAAAAUGGACAACUUCACUCUUAGGCAUUAUCCCAAGCUUCUUACACACACACACACACACACACACACACACACACACACACACACACAUUCCAUUCCCAUUUGAGGUGGAGGAAGCAGGUGGCAAACCCAGUCCUGUGGCUAAUGAACAACAAUCAGCACAGUGGAUAUGAAUGCCAAGUGUUGAUUGACUUGGAAGAAAGUCUGCACUGAAGCUGGGGAUAUGAACUUCUCCAAGACAAGUUGUUUAUUUGAAUAAAAUCAGAGAUGAGUAACUGGUUAGGUGUCCAUUAUCAGAACUACUUAAGAUGAAUUAACUGUUGGAAUUAAUCUAGUACAUGUAUGCAUUCAUUUAUCAUCUUAAACAUUUCUGAAGACUUUAAUCUGGAUCAUAGGAAAAGACUAUAGAUGUGCUUAGAGAAGGAAAAGCAUUUGUAAGAUAAGGUGACUAUUAAUAUUUUAAUUAGUUGACAGAGCAAGUAGUAGCUUCAGUUGUUUCUUUCAGAUUAUCUGGUCUAAUGUAACCAAGGAGAUGAUAUUCAACAACUAGUCGGCUAAAAUGAAAAUUUAAAAAGGACUCCUUUUCCUGAGUUCAUUUUUUCAGAACAGAUUCUGCUUGGGGCAUAUAUAGAAAUGAGGGGCAAUAUUCCCAUUUCAUUGUGCAAAUUCAAAUGCUAUGUACUUUUAUGUGGUAGCUGAUAAUAAUAAUAAAUUUGUAGUAAGAUCUAGCUUUUAAAUAUAAAA